AACAAUAAAAUUCAUUGUUUGUUAAGGAACAAUUUCGUUCGUCUGUGAAAGAUAUAAAUUAACGAGAAAGUUCUCAUGUUUUGCGUGCAAAGGUUAAGAAAAUUGUAAAAUAUUGAGAAAAUGGAUGAUGAAACAUUAAACAGACUUGCAGUUGAGGCAUUAUUAGAAGAAGCUAAGAUUGGAGCAAAAAGAGCAGAAAUAAUGGGACCCAGUGGAUGGAUAAAACCAAAGGAAUCUAUUAAUAAAAGAUUUCUUCAUUCAACAUUACGUAAUGUUGUUCUUUCAAACAAAUAUCAAUUAAAAAGAAGAAGUGAGAAACAAUUGCAUAUACCUGAGAGUACAUUAAAGUAAUUUUUAUUUUUUGCUCUUAGUAUAAGUAUUAUGUCCUUGCAACAUUCUUUACUAUCCUUCUAUUAAUUUAGAAUUAAAUCAUUCAGUAUCAUGAAAAUCUAUGUCAUUUAGUAUCUAUUAAGUAAUUGUAAGCUUCAUUUUAAGCUAAAUAAAUGUAAUAUAAAGGCAUUUACUUAAAUAUAAUGAAAAAAAAAAAUUAGUCAUCAACGAUAAUUAAAAUGAUGGAAUAAACUGAUACAGAUUUAAAGAUGCUGAAAAUUGUAAUUAAUGUAAAAUUUGAUAAAUACAAGUAAUCGAAAGAGGAUUUUAAGCAUGAAAGUAUUACAUAAUACAGCAAAUUGUGAUGUAAUGUAAUGUACAAUGUAAAGCAGCAAUAAGGACUGAAUAAAUAAAUUACAAUAUA